AUGCUAUCAUCCGUGCUAGAGAGAAUGCUAUCAUCCGUGCUAGAGAGAAUGCUAUCAUCCGUGCUAGAGAGAAUGGCAUCAUCCGUGCUAGAGAGAAUGCUAUCAUCCGUGCUAUUCAGAGAGAAUGGUAUCAUCCGUGCUAGAGAGAAUGCUAUCAUCCGUGCUAGAGAGAAUGGUAUCAUCCGUACUAGAGAGAAUGCUAUCAUCCGUGCUAGAGAGAAUGCUAUCAUCCGUGCUAGAGAGAAUUCUAUCAUCCGUGCUAGAGAGAAUGCUAUCAUCCGUGCUAGAGAGAAUUCUAUCAUCCGUGCUAGAGAGAAUGCUAUCAUCCGUGCUAGAGAGAAUCCUAUCAUCCGUACUAUUCAGAGAGAAUGCUAUCAUCCGUACUAUUCAGAGAGAAUGGUAUCAUCCGUACUAUUCAGAGAGAAUGCUAUCAUCCGUACUAUUCAGAGAGAAUGUGAUCAUCCGUACUAUUCAGAGAGAAUGGUAUCAUCCGUAUUAUUCAGAGAGAAUGCUAUCAUCCGUACUAUUCAGAGAGAAUGUUAUCAUCCGUACUAUUAA